AUGUUGUUAUCAGUUGUUUGUUUUCUAUACAAACGUGUUACAACCAUUAGAAACCAACGCAAGAUGCCUUCUACCAAGACCCAAGAAAAUGCUGCAGUUGAGAAGCCACAUAGCAAGCCUGGUCGCAAGGCUCUCACAAGUGAGCCAAAGAACAAGAGAACUGCCCAAAAUAGAGCUGCCCAAAGAGCAUUUAGGGAACGGAAGGAGAAGAGAAUGAAGGAACUCGAAGAGAAGGUGCAGGCGCUGGAGAAGGAGAAGAUGCUGCUGGCCAAUGAAAGUGAACUUCUUAGACACCAAGUGCUGACGUUGAUGAAACAGGUCAAAGGAUCACAAGGUAUUGAUGGGAAUCAUGGCAUUGAUAUUAAUACCAACACGUCGGUAUCUCCUGAGGUGAAAUUGGAUACCUCUUCGGAGGCUUGGGAUACCUCAAACGAUGGGAAGAGUAGUUUCUACGAAUCAUCGAGCUCAAGUGUUCACUCAAAUACCCCAGUAUCAUUUGGCAAUGAUUACAUGGCUAAAAUGACCACUCCAAAGGAAAGCAGUGUUGGCAACUUAGAACUGACUAACAAGCUAAACAAUGCAGACUUCAAAGAUAAUUACGAUGAACAGAUAUUUUGUACAGAAUUAAGUACUGCUUGCGGUUCCAAAUCGUGUCCCAUUCCGAGGGGGAAGAUGGAGAAACAUGGACAGAGUAUUUCAAGUGAGUAUUCGGACUCUCAUGGCCCAACCAGAGAAAAGGAUGCAAAACAUGUUCCUACUACGUAUAGUGGCAGUUCGUGCCAGUCUAUGACAUCUUCCUCUUCCGUUACAUCUCCAGAGUUCCCGAGCCCUCCAUCUCAAGUUAAAGGGAAUGUGUUGAACCAUGAUACAAGUCAUUUUUCAACCCCUUUUCUGAAUGAUGGAAAAGUCAAUGAAGGGAUUGAUUCUUUAGAUAAUAUCGAGAGUCCAAAUUGGAAUUUUGAUUUUGGGCAUUUUGAUAAUAAGCAACCUUCGGUUAUACCAACGAACAGGGAAAAUGAAAUGGAUUUUCUUCUUUCCACUAACGAUUUCAACAACAACUUCAUUUCGAAGAAUCCAGCUGCGUUUCAGCUUGAUCCAACAUCGGCUGUGUUUGUUGACCCUGUAAGUAACGAUUUUGAAGUUGAUUUUGAUGACAAUGCAUUUGAUGAAUUACUUAAAAUUCCACAAGGGGAGGAGGAGGUUGAGGUACCUUUGGCUCUUCAAGCUGGAAAUACAAGUAAGGAAAAUAUCCAUUCUGGCAGUUCCAAGGUUGUUGAUAAGAAAGAAGAUGAGGAAACAGUUCCUGACACUAACGGAAACUUGAUAAAAUGUUCACAAAUCUGGGAGAGAAUAACAACGAAUCCUAGAUUUACGGAUCUCGAUAUUGACAAUUUGUGUGAUGAAUUGAAACAAAAGGCCAAAUGUUCUGAGAAUGGUGUCGUUGUUGACAGUGCUGACGUGGGUAAGUUACUGCAAAGUGCAAUCAGGGAAAAACAGGAGAACACUCAAAGAGAACGAGAGGUUGCUUUGAAGAGGCUGGCGAUUGCCAACAGCAGUGGGGGUAGUAUCUUGCAAGGGUUGUGGUGA